GUCUGAAUGUAGUGUGUGGUUCGCAAAAUAUUUUUUUUCAUUUAUUUAAAAAAAAGGACAACCUUAACACGUCAUCGCCGUGUACUUGUUUUGAACAUGCCACGAAAGAAGAAUAACAAUGCCACGACAGAAGCAAGAAAAAAAGCAAGGCGUGAAUAUGAAAAGAGGAGACGUGCCAAAAUAAAAGCAGAUCCCGUUAAAUACGAGGAAGCAAAAGAAAAAGAACGAGCACGGCGUCAACAAAGAAAGGAGCAAAAGAAAAUACUAUCAAUAAAAGAUUUAACACAUCGUGAUCAGAAGGCGCAACGAGAAAAAUGGCGUGAACGUACUAGAAAAAGUCGAGCAUUAAAAAAAUGCAGAGAACGUGGGAUGCAACUAAUCAGGGAGAACACUCCUCCGUCUGAUUUGGAAAUUAAUGAAGCCCUGACGCCAGAUCCAAGCGUCUCUUCACCAGUAAAACUGCGCGAUACAACACCGGAGGUUAGAAGAGACGAUACACCUACAAUAUCACAACGAGGUGAAACUCCAUCCUCCAUCAGUUCUCGAGGCAGCGUAAUAAGUAGACAAAGGCGCCAAGCGUUAAAAGAACACAAACAACGCAGGAAACUAACCGAUGUUAUAAUUAUGAAUCAAAAAGCAAAAAUAAAAGUACAGCAGAAAGCAAUACAUACUCUUCAAGUUAAAAUGAACAGGCUGAUAAAGCAGGUUUCUCAAAUACCGAUCAAAGCCAGGUAAAGACAAAGAGUUUUGAAAGAUAUUUGGUGUCGUCGUAAAAUUUCAGUUCAAAAGUUUCUAGAAAGUGAAGAAAAUUCUAUGAUAAAUCCUGGAGUGAAAGAUACAAUUACGCGGCAUAAAAUGAAGAAACAGAAAAGGUAUAUUACUGAUACUAUGGAAAAUCUACGAAAAAAGUACAAUGUCGUAUCAGACCCAAAAUUGCGUGUAAGUUAUGCAAGUUUUUGCCGUUUGCGUCCAUUCUGGAUUGUUAAGGCAAAAUUAACUGAUCGCGAUACAUGCUUGUGUGUACUUCACGACAAUUUUGAUAUGAUGCUAAACAGAUUAAAAUCAUUAAAAAUCAUACAAAAUGGAGACACCGUAAUAGAAAGUGUGGUAUGUAAUACUAAUUCAUAUAAUUGCAUGAGUCGUAAAUGCUCUCAGUGUCUUAACAAAAUUCCUAAGUUUAUGGCGUUCGAAAACGAAGGCAUUUCUUACCAUCAAUGGGUGAGCGAAAAUGAAGAACGGGAUAUAAAAGGUAGUAUCAAAUCGAUCAGAAGAAUAAUUAAAUGUAGACUUAUAACUAACAAAAAGGGGCUAGUUGAAGCUUUUCUGGAAAUUCUGCCAAGGUUUCUCCUGCACACUUUUAAUAUAGGUAAUCAAUAUCAAGCAAUUAAUCAUAUCAAGACUAAUUUAGUUACAGGGGAAAUUUUGGUAAGAAUUGAUUUUUCUGAAAAUUACGCAUGCAAAUAUUUCUCAGAAAUUCAAUCUGUACAUUUUGGAGCAUCACGUCAGCAGGUGUCAAUUCACACAGGGGUUUUAUAUUACUUUUCGAAUGUCACUGGACAAGUGGAUACCAUAUCCUUUUGUUCUGUUUCUGCCUGCCUGCGUCAUGAUGCGGCCGCAGUACAUGCUCAUUUGAAGACAGCCUUAACAGCGUUAACGCAUUUGAUUGCACAUGAAAAUAUUAAGGUGCUACAUAUUGUUAGCGAUGGCCCAAGCAGUCAAUACAAAAACAAGAGCAAUUUCUAUCUUUUCACUCAACACCUUGUUCGUAUAUUGAAUAUUUCUGCAGCAACAUGGAAUUUUACUGAAACAGCACACGGUAAAGGUCCUGCAGAUGGUGUCGGUGCGGCUUUGAAAGGAGCUGCUAAUAACCAUGUCCUUAAAGGUAAUGAUAUACCUGACUAUAAAACUUUUGUCCAAGUUGUAAAAACCAACUGCAACGUUUUGGUAUAUGAAGUAAGUGAGCAAGACAUUAAAGAAUCUGAAGCUUUGCUUCGAAAUUCUGUUAAGAUUUUAAGUAUACCAGGCACAAAAAAUAUGCAUCAGUUAACAUGGAAUACUGAAGAACCCACAAUGCUCAAUAUAAGGGAUCUUUCUUGUGCCUGCUGUAAAAUAAAAGAUAAAUGUCCUCAUUAUCCCUGUUCAAGACGUCCGAUAGUACGAUUGACCAUUGAACGUGAUGCAGGAUCAAAUCUAUACACGACUAAUCCUAAUCUGAUUGAACCUAUAAUCGGUAACAAUUCUUCUGAAGCUAAUAAACGUAAUUUGCAAGAAGGGACGUGGGUACUAGCCAAGUUUUCAGGAAAAAAGAACGUAGUUUCCCUUUUUGUAGGUCAAAUUGUUAGUUUAAAUAACGACAAACCUGAUGCACCUUACUAUACCAAAUUUACUAAGAAGAAGUAUCAUAACGUGAUAUCAGGAGACGUAGUCUUUACUUGGAAUAACAAUGAUUGUGCAGAUAUUGGCCCUGAAGACAUUGUUUGUGUGUUGCAAGAACCCACUCCCGGUAGGCGAGGAGAACUAAUUUUCAAAAUCGAUUCCGAUUUAUUUAAUCAUCCCAUUAUGUAAAAGGUUUGAGGCUUUUUACAUAAUUUGCAGGUGCAUUGCAGUGAUGAUAGAGUAUUGUACUACUACUUUUUAUGUAAAUGUACGAUUUUACUUCUUUGGUGAAAAAAAAUCAAUCCUUUAAUUUUGUUGAUUUUAAGUUUUUUUUUUCAGAUGUUUAAUAAGUGAUAUUGUGUUAUUUUUUUUAGAAGUUUAACUUUCUUUCUAGAAGAUUGACUUUUUAAUUGUGUUCAAAGCUAAAACGCUGCAAUUACUUUAAGCAUUAUUCUCAACUUUACUAUUAUAAUAUUUACGAGAGGAUAAAAAUGAGUCCAAAUUUGAUACUCAGUUAUUAUGUUUAAUAGUUUACUAAUUAUAGGUACUAUGUGAUAUCAAAACAAUGCUACCUGUGAUCAGAUAGUUCUAAGAAUAAAAGGCUGAUUUGUUGUAUUAGUAGGUAGAAUGAUUACCUGACGGUAUUUUU